UGGUGACGCCCUACCCGCUGUGUCACACCUGUAUGUUUGAACACCUGGCUACAAUACCUGUGUUUAUCUCCUCAGGUCCCUCCGCCUGCCAGGUGAAGGGAAGUACCUGUGCAGCCGGACCGACCUGGGCGUGGUGACGCCCUACCCGCUGCACGUGACCUACAGGAGUGCGAACUGGUCCGACAACUGGCAGCAGGUGGGGGAAUGGAUGCCGGUGGGUCCGCUCUUCUCCAUCCAGUGUGAGGACGUGGAGGGGCCGGUGGACAUCCUACUGCCGCACGUGCUGCACCUGACGGAAGACAACGAACCUGACAAAGAGCGCAUGAGAGUCGUUCAUGUUUCUGGGAAAGACGCGAACCUCCUUCCUGUCUCUGAGGUGACCUCAACCCACAUCGUGACCAGGUUCCAAAAGGGCAGUCUCUUCGGUCCUGUGGUGGAGAAACUUUACGGGAAGCUGUUCGCCAGGAACGGGCGUUGUGUGGUGUUUGCACCCAUCAGCGUUACGUCAGAGUUUCAAAUCCACGUCUACAUCGCUUCUAACGCAGCCACUGCUCUCCAGUGUUUGGAGUCGACUGAGGCCGAUGAUAAGUACGUUAAGUUGGACCAGGAGCAGUGCGUGCUGAUGCCUGGACACGAGUAUCAUCUGGAAGUGUCUGUGUGGAACGGAGGUGGUGACAACCUGCUGACGAAUCCUAAGCUUCUUACAUUUUACGACGUCUUGGAAGCUGACAGAAUCUACAAGAAGUUCAGAGUUGAAGUGGAUGCCAAAAAAUACAAGAAGAUGAAAAAGUCUAACCUCAGGUUCCAAAUGCAGCUGACGAGUGGUGACGGCAAGUCAGUUUGUGAGUUCAUCACAUCUAAAGGCCAACACCUUGAGCUGUCAGAAUCCGACAGCAGUGAGAGUGACAGCGGGCUGUCGUCUGAGCCAGCUUCUGAGGGACAGGACCAGGCUGCUGUAUCCACAGUACAUAGACGGAACCCGAGAGACCACCAGAGAACUACCCGGUCGUCUGAGCACUGGAAGCAAAAGUCGAGCCGCUCCAGAGCUGCUGGUCGUGGACCACGGAAGAAAGUGAAAGUCCUGUUGGUUAGUGACGAGUACUGCACAUCAAAGGGCGGAAUCUCCACCAUCAAUCUGAAUGUCGCGCGCAUGCUCACCGCCGCAGGUGCCGAGGUCUACGCUAUCGUGUUGGAGGCAAGUCAACAAGAUGAGAGGGAUGCAGAACGAGACGGAGUUAGCCUCCUAAAGCCUCGUCUUGAUCCCGACAGUAGCGCAAAGCCGUCCUUAGAGUGGCUGACUGUGUACCACAAACAUCACUUUCCAGACAUCCCAUCAGAUAUCAGCUGCAUUGUGGGCCAUGUUGACGUCACAAGCAGGGCGGCUAGGAAGAUCAAAGAGGAGCGAUUUCCACACGCCAAGCUCGCCAUGUUUGGUCACGUGGCGCCAGAGGAGACAGAGCUCUACAAGAGUGACGAGAAGGCCCUGGGUGUGGGGAGGAAGGAAGCCAGCAUCCAGGACGACAUUGGCAAGGCUGAUGUCGUCUUCUCGGUAGGACCGCGCAUUCACCGCCAUUACGACAGGUUCCUCCGUCAGCGUCACGUGACUCACCACAUCUUCCUACCAGAACCUUCAAAGGUGUUUAGUGAAGCAAAUGUGAGCUUUGGAGAAGAAGAUAAAGUCGAAAAGCCAGAGAGAGUGGUUCUGUCCAUCGGCAGGGUGCGGAAUGUGGAGAUGCUGAAAGGUCACGACCUGGCCGCAGGAUCCAUAGACAAGGCGGCACAGCGGCUUGACAAUCAGUACACACUGAGGCUGAGAGUCCGCGGCAUCGAUGAGAACGACUUCACAGAUAGCAAGAGAAUCCUGGAGGAGAAGCUGAGAUCCGGCCGGGUCAAAGCCACCCUGCUCCCGUACGGCACUCAAGAGGAGAUCCGCCGAGACAUGGAGGCCUGUCACCUGGUCCUGAUGCCGUCCCGGGCCGAACCGUUCGGACUGGUCGGCCUGGAGGCCAUCGCGGCAGGAGUUCCCGUCCUCAUCUCAGAGCAGUCAGGACUCGCGGAACUGGUGGCGCAACUGGCGAAGAAGUACCAGCCCAAGUUCCGUAACUGCAUCGUCAAGAUGACGGGAGACACCGCGACCGACGCUGAUGCAGAGAAGUGGGCAGAUUCUAUUGAGGACUUCCUUACAAACGCCAGGUCAGAGUUCGCGGAAGCCCGCGCCUUCAGGGAGAAACUGCUGUUCUCCAAGUACUGGGAAGAGUCUCACAAGACGUUCCUACAGGCCUGUGGCAUCACUGACGGCGGCAGUGCCCAAGCGGAGGGCGGAGGUGCUGAGGCUGAUGACUCGGACUGAAGAUCUGACGUCACCGGAGAUCACUGACGUCAUGUAACUGUAAAUGCUGACGUCAUGUAAUUGUAAAUACUGACGUUAUGUAAUUGUAGAUACUGAUGCUAUGUAAUUGUAAAUAUAAUGCCUUGUAAUGCAGUUGGCUCCCAUCUCCGACACUAUGCUAGCGCUCUAGAUCUCGUCACCGGAGAUCACUGACGUCAUGUAAUUGUAGAUACUGACGUCAUGUAAUUGUAGAUACUGACGUCAUGUAAGUGUAAAUACUAAUGCCAUGUAAUGUAGUAGGCUCCCAUCUCUGACACUAUGCUGGCGCUCUGCGCGACUUUCAGAACAAUGGUGAGAGUUUAUGACCAGAAUCAGCAGCAGUAAUGACGCUGCUGUUUAAUUCUACAGGUUAAUUUGAAACAAUGGACAAUGCAGUUAUAAAGGACGUACAGUCAAACCUGUAUUAGCGGCCACCUUUGCAUAGCAGAUACCUGGCCAGAGUGGCCACUUUUUGUCGGUCCUUUGGAUUGGUAAUGAUUAAGAAAUAGGCUUAGCGGCCACCUGUCCAACGCGGCCACGGCUACACGAUUUCCGGUCCCGUUGAUACAGAAACACUGCCUAUUGCAACCAUGACAGUGUCAUUUUGGCGGUUGCAGUGGGUCUGCAAGCCUUGAGCACUAAAGUGCAAGUCUUUGUGGGUGAAUUUACCGAUCGAGACAAUGUUACUUGGUGAGAAAGAUUAGUGGGAACUGAAAUCAUGUGUAGCUUGCACAUGGUCAAUUGGUCAACAUUUUCUCUAGUUGCCACCUGUCUAUAAUGGCCACAUUUCUCCAGUCCCUUGGGUGACCGCUAUAGACAGGUUUGACUGUACUUAACAAUGCACUUAUAAUGGACACAAGGAAUUAACAUGUUGCUGUGGGCAUCUAAUCUGUAUGAUGAUUAUGCUUGUAUGUUUUCACAAUGAUAUUUGCAUGUUGCGGAAGAAAGCUUUCGAUAAGGAACAAAUGUUUUGUCACCAAGAGUCUUUUUACCUUUCAUUUGCUGAUCAUAGAAAUGCUUUAACAACUUGCCAGCUCAUGCAAAAACAAUAUGGAAACCAUUUCUGUAAGUCAUGUAUCAAUUUUGUACUGUAAGCCAUUAAUAUGUAGGCUCAUAACACCACCAACAGUCCCACAAGUGUUUUGAUAAAAGCCUAUAGGUAUAACGUUACCACAUGCUAAUACAUCGGUAUAUAAAUGGCAACCAAUUGCCUGCAAAGCUGUUUGAUACAACCCAAAUAUUUGUCAUGCGAGUUGUGGAUCUGAGUAAUGCCUAAACUC